AUGGCUACACCAAGGAAGCCAAAUUGUUAUCCCCUUGUUUUGGCAGUGGUUUUUCUUUCAGGUUCUUUGUGUGUUAGAGCUGCAAAUGAGUACAUAUCAGCAGUGGGCGGUCGGAGAGAUAGUCUAAGAUUGGCAAUAGAGUCAUGGAAUCAGUGCAAUGAGAUUGGAGUGGAAGUUCCUAAUAUGGGCAACCCAAGAGCUGCAGAUUGCUUUGACAUAUAUAAAGGCUUCUCGACGGGCAGAAGUGAAAUAUUUGCAGCUAUGGAUUAUUUUCUAGCAAGAGUUAGAACUCAUGUGGAUUUGCAAUUUGAGAAGAACUGCUCUAUCUGCAGUUUGCUGCCUGACAUGUUGGUCCACAGAGUCACAAAGGAAGACAACAAACUAGGUGUUGAAGACCCUUUUCUUGGAGUGCAAUUAAGGUCCCUUUAUGAUGUAAAUCUUUAUGCUACGGAGAAGGAACUAUACUUAGGCUCUAAAUGUCAAGUUGAAGACACCCCAAAUCCAUAGCAAUUUUGGAUGAUCAUGCUAAAGAGUGGGAACAUGGACAAUUAUGCAGCCAAGUGCCCCAAAAAUGGCCAGAAAGUGCGACCUUUCGGCCCUGAUUCUGAGUUCCCUUGCUUUGGACAAGGGAGCAUGAAUCAACCAUUUAUUUAUCAUGACUAUACUACUUUGCAAGGGCCUAAUAGGACUGCUCUUAAAGGUAAAUUUUAUGGUCUAUGGGAUUUGGAUGCUGAUUUAAGAAAAGGAUUGUUGAGUAACAUUUCUUACCAUUCUGUGAGCUGGGAGAAGGAAAUUGGAAAGGGCAGUUGACUAAAAGCACUUCAAAAUUUUUAUUACAAUUAUCAGUAACAGCAAUGAACACA